CCUGAGACCUGGGAGGCUGGGAGGUAGCCAGUGUCAUUUGAACCUCGCUGUCGCGCGCACGUCUCGAAACUUAACGCCAGUUCCCGCCAUACGUAAAACAUCUUAUAAACGAAACAUCGGUCGCAGAAAACAAUGGAUAUCAUGAUCAAAGAUACAAAGAUGGCGCUGUGAUGACCCAAGGUCGAGAACCACUGACCAUAAUGGACGGAAACCUCCAGACAGACUUCUCAACGAAGAGCAAGCGAGGCGUCUACCUUUCUAAGAGCCUCACCUUUGUUAUACUCGUUAUAUUCGCCCUAGCACUAGUUGCUACAGCGUUCAUAGUAUAUAACUUCGCAGCCUGCCCUAGGGCUGAUCAUUUAGCAAACGUUACCAAAAUUGAACACAUAUGUGAUCAAUCUAAGUUACUAGUUAUACCUUUAAGUACUGAAAAUAGUAAAAGUGUUACAUUAUUUGAAAGCACAACCAAUACAAUCGAAACGACAACAAGUGAUUACGAUAAUUCCGUUAAAGAUGUCAGACUACCGACUAACAUCAAACCGAACAAGUAUUUCUUGAAACUUACUCCUUACAUAUUUGAGGGUAACUUCACAUUUGACGGUGAAGUCAGUAUUAUUAUAACGGUUAAAAAUUUAACUAAUACAGUCACAUUUCACGGUGUUGAGUUAAGUUUUCAUAAAAUCGAACUGUUUAAGAAAGUAGAUGGUAAGGAAGUGAAGAUUGUGAGAAAAACAGAAGAUGUCGCGAGGCAGUUUCAUAUAUUACGUACAGCGGAAGAUCUAAUUGCAGGACAACAGUAUGUCCUAAACAUAACGUUUACUGGGAUUUUGAAUGACAAUCUUCAUGGUUUUUAUAGAAGUAUGUACGAAGAGAAGAAAGAGAAAAGGUGGAUAGCGGUAACACAGUUUCAAGCAACUGACGCUCGCCGAGCUUUUCCGUGCUGGGAUGAGCCUGCUUUGAAGGCCAAGUUCACCAUCAGCAUCGCGAGACCCAAAAACCUAACCUCUGUGUCCAAUAUGAACAUUGUUAAGAGAGAAGCUCAUGAAUCUCUGCCGAAUUAUACAUGGGACCAUUACGCUGAAUCUCUACCAAUGUCUACAUACUUAGUAGCUUUUGUAGUCACUGACUUCGGUAAUAUGAGUGACAGUAAGAACAAUUUCUCCGUUUGGGCUCGUAAAGAAGCGUUGCCAUCCGCAGCUUAUGCCUUGGAGAUUGGACCAAAGAUUCUGAAGUUCUUGGAGGAAUAUUAUAAGAUAAAGUUCCCGUUGCCGAAAAUAGAUAUGAUAGCGUUACCUGAUUUUAAAGCUGGUGCUAUGGAAAACUGGGGAUUGUUGACUUUUAGAGAAAUAGCAAUGUUGUACGACACCGGCGUAUCUCCAACCACUGCCAAGGCUAGAGUAGCAUCAGUAGUAGCCCACGAGAUCGCCCACCAAUGGUUCGGGAACUUGGUCACACCGGCUUGGUGGUCGGAUAUUUGGCUGAAUGAAGGCUUUGCCAGCUACGUUGAAUACGUUGCCGUUGAUGCGGUAGAGAAAACUUGGAAAUUGAUGGAAGUCUUUGUCUUGAACGAAGUACAAAGUGUUUUCAAACUGGAUGCUUUAACAUCCUCUCAUCAAAUAUCUGUAGAAGUUGGAAAUCCUGAGGAAAUAGGAGCUAUAUUUGAUAAAAUAUCUUACGGAAAAGGUUCAGCAAUACUCCGAAUGAUGAAUCACUUCCUAACUGAUGAUGUCUUCAACGCGGGUAUCACUGACUAUCUCAACGCCAAGAAGUUUGGUGACGCAGAGCAGCGAGAUCUGUGGAGCGCUCUCACCAACGCUGCGAGAGAAAAAAAGGCUUUCGACGCGGAUGUCGGUGUGGUCAUGGACUCAUGGACUUUGCAAACUGGCUUCCCCGUUCUCACAAUCACGAGGGAUUAUAAAACUGGAAUUAUUACUUUCCAACAGGAAAGAUUCGUCUUACUAAACGAUACAGUAAAUGGCAACAAUUCCUCAGUUUGGUGGAUACCUGUGUCGUAUACGACAGCUGCUGAGAAGGACUUUGUGUCGACGCGCCCCAAGCUGUGGCUCAGAGGAGAGAGGUCUAUUGUUGUUGACAACAUCACCAUUGGCGACAAUGAUUGGUUGAUUGGCAAUAUACAACAGACAGGUUUCUACCGGAUCAACUACGAUCAGCACAAUUGGAAUUUGUUAAUCAAAAUUCUGAACGAUCAAUCUAGAUUUCAAGAGAUCCACCCCAUAAAUAGAGCUCAAAUCAUCGAUGACUCUAUGAACUUGGCUCUGUCUGGACGGUUGGAUUACAGAACUGCUUUGGACAUCACUAGCUAUCUCUCCCAUGAAAAGAGUUACGUGCCGUGGAAGGCAGGAUUAGUGGCAUUGGGGUAUAUUGAUACCAUGUUGUCUAAAGGAGCAUAUUAUCUUGAAUACAAGAGAUACGUCCUAAGAUUACUUAGCGGAGCAGUCCAAGAGCUAGGCUGGGAGAUCCUGACGAACGAAAGUGUGGUGCGCGCUCAGCACCGAGUAGAUCUACUCUCUACUGCUUGUCAUUUGCAACAUGUCGAGUGUUUGGAGCAUGCUGUCAGGAUGUACACGAAUUGGAUGCUGACACCAAAUCCUGAUGCUUAUAAUGAAAUACAUGCGGAUCUCCGCAGUACAGUGUACUGUGUGGGAGUCCAGGCCGGGAACGCUAGAGAGUGGAACUUCGCCUGGGAACGGUUCCUCGCAGUCAGCGUGCCUUCCGAGAGAGAGUUGCUGCUCUCUGUGCUCGGGUGUACCAGGGCACCAUAUCUGCUUUAUAGAUACUUAGAAUUAGCGCUCAGAAAUGAUAGCGGUAUUCGAAAACAAGACACUGUGAGGGUAUUCUCAGCUGUAGCCAGUUCUUCGAUCGGAGAACCAAUAGCUUUCAACUUUGUUAGAGCAAAUUGGCAGAGACUAAAGGAAUAUGUUGGAUCUGUAUCUACAUUAAAUUCGAUUCUCAAGGUGGUCACGCGAAGAUUAAAUCAAGUUCAUGAAUAUGAGGAGUUGAAGCGGUUCGUCUCAGAGUCCUGCAGUGACUUAGGCAGACCAGUUCUACAAGUACUUGAGAGAACAGCUGCCAACGUUCAGUGGAUGGAGAAGAAUUACCAGACCAUAGUCAACUGGCUUUUAACUGUAGAUAAAUCUGCGCCCAAAGUUACUGACGCGUGAUUGAUUACAUAAAGUAUUUUGUAUAGAACUGUUAAGGCACUGAUUAUAAGCAAAUAGCAUCUACUCUAACAGAUGGGUCAAUUUUCAUUCCAACUUGAGUUUCAAUAAUUAUGAUUUGUGCGUUCCAAGUUACAAUGUCAUGGGUUGAGUUUCAUUCCAUAAUGUCAUGAGUUAUGAUAUCGAUACUAAAAGUAGGAAUAAAUUGUAUUGCAAAUACAAUUUAUUCCUACUUUUUCUACUAUAUCUAAAUGCCUGAAAUGAAAUAAAGACCUGGAUUGGGAGUACAAUUACUUUUUAGCUUAAAAAGGAUGAGUUUUUUUUUCCGCAAAAUGGCUAGAACGAGGUUUGUUUUCUGGGAUGAUGGCAGAUUUGUAGAUGCUAAAAGUUGCCAUACCAUUCUGCUAGUCAUAUCAAAUCUCUUUACACUGAGAAUGCUGUAGGAAUUAAUUUCAACAUUACCGAAUAAAAUGUUUUAUCAACAUUUUUUUUCAUCAGAAAGCUUCCGUUUCUAAAUGAAACUAUGUUAUACCUUUCAAGCUGGACUUGGUAAUUUGUAAAUUGUUUUCCACAUUUACACGAGUUGUUCACAUAUUACAGAAUUUAAAAUUAAAGACACUAUAAAAAGUGAAAAAUGUGGAAAUGUACACGCAUUAGCGUAUGCAUAAAUGCAUAAAUUAAUUAAAUAAUAGGCACUUUCUAGGAAAGCGCAUCCCUUCCUAGAUUACAUCAUUGCUGUCCACCAGGCGAGUGCACGACUAUUAGCCAUAAAAUAAAAGUUUUUAAAUUUGUAUUAUUAUGUUCAUUGCACGAGUGGCUUAAGGUACACAUUUUUAGAUAAUCUUAAGGAUUUUCAUAUUUAAACAGUCACAACAAUUAUGUUAUUUAUACCUAAUUUAAGCUUACAGUGGCAAAAGUGCAAAUCUAAGUAUAAGAAAAUUUAAAUCAAGUAUUCAGUUGACAAUCUAUACUUAAAAGUAAAUAAAACAGGGUUAUCAAAAUUUGUUUCACUCAAAGAUAAUACAUAAAGUACACAUCACUUUAGCUAAUACGUAUUGGUAAUAUGAUUGGAAGAAUUGAAAUUAAAUAGUCGCAACUUGAUAAAAUCAUUUAAUAUAUACGACAUUCAUCUGACAUGUAUAUUCUUUACAAAAUAUUUUUUUUUUUAAUUAGAAAAUUGCAACCACUAUGCAACAUAUAUAUACGUCUAUCGUCUAACUUUAUUACAAUGUUUAGAUAAAAUUUAUUAGUCUAAUUAUUUAUUUUGUUAAAGUUAGAUUUAAUUAAGCAAUAUGUGUAGUUGUAAUAAUAACUGAAUCCAAGUUCAUUAAUAUAUUUGUCAUUCAUCAUUGUAUAAAUAAGAUUCACGAUUUGUUAACCAUUACUUUUAUUGAAUAGUACCUUGUGUUGUACCUUACUGUUUUUUUGCAUUAACUCUAUAAUUAUCCUCAUGAUAUUUAACUGUUAAUGUUUAUAUAUUAUCAUCAUGUUGUCAUAUUGCUCUACAAACCAUUUUAAUAUCAUUGAAUUCCAUUUAACAGAAUGCUAGGUAUUAAACAUCACUCCUAAUGACAAUGCAUAAAACACCUUAUUUUGGCGUUCAUACUCGUGUUAUAUACUGCUUAAUCAUAAUUGGUGUGUUUAUCGCAAUCAAGCGUAUUUUUUACAGAGAUAACAUUAUUGUUAAAAUACUUUGAGGUUUCGUGACAGUAUUCUGUGUACCUAACUUUCCUUACCAUUAAUCUAUUCCUCAUAUUCGAUUCUUUAUUAAAAUAUAGCAAAUUAUUGUAAAUAGUAAAAGUAUUCAAUGUAAAAGUACGUACUAAUGAUUACUUUGUAAUACUGUAGAUCAUAGAUAUUUGACGUGUAUAAACAUUUUUUAAAAAUAGAGAAAUAUAAGUUU